CUUCCCAUCCCGCGUUACACACAAGCGAAAGAUUAAAGCGGAGAAUUGAGUCUAGUGAAGUAAGAGUCGGCAAAAUUUGGUGCAAAAUUUAGGGAUCUGAAACUUCAAUAGCUAUGCAUCGCCACCACGAUCCCAACCCCUUCGAUGAAGAAGAAGUCAAUCCAUUUUCGAAAGGUGCGGCUGCUCCUGGAUCGAGGUCACACAUUCCUCAUUUCCCAUCUGAACCUGUGGGAUUCGGGCAGAAAUACGAUGCUACAGUUGAUAUUCCACUCGAUAAUAUGAAUGAUUCUAAGAAAAGAGAGAGAGAGCUUGCUUCAUGGGAAGCAGAUCUUAAAAGGAGGGAAAAGGAAAUAAAACGGAGAGAAGAAGCUGUUACUAAAGCGGGUGAUAUCCCAACCGAUAAUAGAAAUUGGCCACCAUUUUUUCCAAUUAUUCAUCAUGACAUUUCAAAAGAGAUACCAGUUCAUGCUCAAAGGCUGCAGUAUCUUGCUUUUGCAAGUUGGUUAGGUAUAGUUCUUUGUCUUGUAUUCAACAUGGUUGCGGUGAUUGUCUGUUGGAUUAAAGGGGGAGGUGUCAAAAUUUUUUUCCUUGCAACUAUCUAUGCUCUGCUUGGAUGCCCCCUUUCAUACGUUCUUUGGUACAGGCCUCUUUAUAGAGCAAUGAGGACAGAUAGUGCAUUGAAAUUCAGCUGGUUUUUCUUGUUCUACAUGAUCCACAUCUUGUUUUGCAUAUUUGCUGCUAUUGCUCCUCCUGUUGUCUUUCAUGGGAAGUCAUUGGCGGGCAUUCUGGCAGCAAUUGAUGUCAUCUCUGACAGCGUUUUGGCUGGGAUUUUCUACUUUGUUGGAUUUGGCCUGUUUUGCUUAGAGUCACUUCUAAGCCUCUGGGUUAUUCAGAAAAUUUAUUUGUUUUUCAGGGGGAACAAGUGAGAUAUGAUUUUGGUUGGUUCCAAUUCAAAAUUGCAGCGACACUGUGAGAGGCUUGUUUAGUAUAUUCUGCUACCUUUGCCGAUGUCUAUUUCAUUAUUCUGCUGAUUAUAUGGGCUUUUCUUCCCUUUUUCUAGGUAAAGAUUUGUACAAGUUGAUACAAUAAGUUUGUCAAAUAUGUUUUAGGUACUCUCGGUCUUAUUUUUACGUAUGAUAUAUAGUAGUAUUCUCUUGUUUUA